AUUGGCUUUUGUUUGUUUUUCUGCUGGUGGGUGGAAGGCUGCUCCCUCUCCCGCAAUACUUACCAUGAGCGUGCUGGCCAGUCUAGGCCCGUUCCCUCUCAGAACGUCCCAGACUCCCCAGGAUGGACCUCAUGGACUCUCCUAGCAGGGUGGGUACCACGUUGGGAGUUCUUUCUCUGUGGAGUAGGGGGAGGGCUAUCUCUGGGAGCUGCGAGACUGUUUAUCCAUUGCCCGCGGCUCAGCCUCCUCCAGUCUGCUUUUGGGGAGAUUUACCAGACUGGGGAUGGCUGCUUACGGUCUUUGAGGGGGAAUGUCGCUCGGUCUAGUAGAUCUCGUGGUGCAGAUGCCUAGACACCAGUGGAAAGGAAGGGAAAGGUAUACAAGGGAGUGUUGGAUUUGCAUGACCGCCGGCAUCAAAACUCUGUUUCCUGGGAGACCGGAAGAUUUGGAUGACUGUUUUUCUUUUCGUCUUAAAGCCGGACUCUGCUGAGAGACAACUGCCACUUUGAGUAUUGAGCUUUGCAUGCUGGGGCUGGAUUUCUCAAAGUUCCACAUUUCCUCCCUCCUUCUACUCUCUCCCUACCCAUUGAGAAGCAGGCAGAAGGCUGAGCCUCGAAACUAUGUAUUUGAGACACUGUCCCGCCAUCCCGAAUACCUUGUGCUGGUGCUGGCAUCGCAAAGUCUGGCUCCAUUCUGGGGAGGACUGCUGCUCCCAUGAGCGGAAGGGGCAGUCUCAGGACUGAUGCGCAGAAAGCCGCAGGGGGCGCACCAUGCAUCGAUACACGACCAUCAAGCAGCUCGGCGACGGAACCUACGGCUCUGUGCUCCUAGGAAGAAGUAUCGAGUCUGGAGAGCUGAUCGCCAUUAAGAAGAUGAAAAGAAAGUUCUAUUCCUGGGAGGAAUGUAUGAAUCUUCGAGAGGUCAAGUCUUUAAAGAAGCUCAACCAUGCCAAUGUAGUGAAAUUGAAAGAAGUCAUCAGGGAAAAUGAUCAUCUUUAUUUUGUCUUUGAAUACAUGAAAGAAAACCUGUAUCAGCUAAUGAAAGAAAGAAACAAGUUGUUUCCUGAGUCAGCUAUUAGGAAUAUCAUGUAUCAGAUACUACAGGGACUUGCAUUCAUCCACAAACAUGGUUUCUUCCACAGAGACUUAAAACCUGAAAACCUCCUUUGCAUGGGACCAGAACUUGUGAAAAUAGCUGACUUUGGAUUAGCCAGAGAAAUCCGAUCAAGACCACCUUAUACAGACUAUGUGUCUACAAGAUGGUAUCGGGCUCCAGAAGUUCUCUUGAGGUCUACCAACUACAGUUCUCCUAUUGACAUCUGGGCGGUGGGAUGCAUCAUGGCAGAAGUUUACACACUACGGCCGCUCUUCCCAGGUGCCAGUGAAAUUGAUACGAUAUUCAAAAUUUGCCAAGUGCUGGGAACACCAAAAAAGAAUGACUGGCCCGAAGGAUAUCAGCUUUCUAGUUCCAUGAACUUCCGUUGGCCUCAGUGUAUCCCUAAUAAUUUAAAGAGCCUGAUUCCAAAUGCCAGCAGUGAGGCAAUUCAGCUCAUGAGGGACAUGUUGCAGUGGGAUCCCAAAAAGCGACCAACAGCUAGUCAGGCGCUUCGAUAUCCCUACUUUCAGGUGGGACAUCCCCUGGGCAGCACUCCCCAUAGCCUUCAGGAACCGGGGAAGCCGCAGAAAGAAUUCCACGAGAAGAUGGGACCUCCGCCACACAUGAAGCCCGUCCCUCCUGCGCACCCGCCUGCCAAGCCGCAGCCCCGGAUUUCUUCUCGAGCCCACCAGCCCAGCCAGCCCCCGCAACAUCUCAUCUACCCGUACAAAACGGAGGCUUCCCCAGCCGACCCUGAGAGCCAGCUCCCGGGGGACCAGCCUCAUCCCGUACAUUUCCCAGCCCUCCACAACAAGAUUCCUCAGACUAAAAUUCUGGCUGGCAUGGAGCACCCAAACGGUGAAAUAAAACCAAAGAGUAGGAGAAGGUGGGGUCCUGUUUCCAGGUCAACUAAAGAUUCUGAUGAUUGGGAUGAUUUAGAUGACUUCGAUUUCAACCCUUCCCUCACCAGGACUGAUCUAAAAAAUAAGAAAAGACAGAGCGAUGAAACUCUCUAUAGAUUUGAGAGUGUUUUGGACCUGAAGCCUUCAGAGCCCAUAGGUACUGGCAACAGUGCACCCACCCACACUUCCUAUCAACGACAAGACACCCCAACAUUGCGAUCUGUAGCCAAGCAGCAUUACUUGAAACACUCCAGAUACUUGCCUGGAAUACCUAUUAGAAAUGGUAUACUUCCAAAUCCAGGCAAGGAUUUUCUUCCACCUAAUUCAUGGUCUGGUUCUAGUCUGUCUGGAAAAUCUUCAGGGUCCAUAUCAGAAAUCAGCAGAAUGAAUUCAGUUGUUUCAGGCUAUUUAGGAUCCAGCAGACUGACUAGUGGCUAUUUCCCUUCAUUUCUGAAAAAAGAAGUGGGUUCUGCUGGACAGAGGGUACACCUAGCUCCUAUUUCAGAUCCUCCUCCUGGUUACGCUUCGCUGAAGUCUGUGAGACCUCAUCAUAAUCGCCCCCUUUUCCAUACCCAGCCCAGAAGUACCCCGGGAUUAUUGCCACGGCCCCCUGCAGCCCAGCCUGUCCAUGGACGUACUGACUGGGUUUCUAAGUAUGCAUCUAGACGAUGACAGGCAUGAAGCACUUUGCACUGAGGCGCAGGAAACUUUUCAUCAGAUAGCGAUGGCGAAGAUACUGAGGAUGUCCCCACCUGCAGUCAGCAUGAGAAAUGACCGCAAAGGCCUCCCCCAGCAUAUUAUAGUUAUCUUCUGCAAUCAAGAUAUUUCAAUAUUCCUUUUUAUUUUAAUUUUUAAAAAAUAUUCAUUUGAAUCCAAUGUUGUACCUUUUUUGUACAAAAUUAUUUUGUUCUAUAACCGGGUCCUAUUAUUUUCUUAAACAGCAGCAUUUUGUAUAUAGGAGAUUACGUUUUGGCAUUUUAUACAGGAACCUUUAUAAUGAACUUUUUUAAAAAAUGACUUAUUUUGGGGGGAGGGUCCAGGUAAUAUUUUAUACAAAUAAAGAAAUGCAGUGAAACUAAUACAGUAUUGCAAUAUAGGUGCAAUUUAGGGCUGUGUGGUACAGGGGCGUUCACCUCUGCCUUGUGGCUAUUUGUGACGUGGUUAAGUGGAAAAUAUGGCACAUUAGGCACAUCUACUAGCUCUUGACCACCUGGCUUGGUUUUAGUACUGUAAAAGUGAUUCUCAACUUUUUCAGAUGCCCUAUUUUCCUUAAUUUAAUUUUGUAGCACUGCGAUUCCCCUUUCCUAAAAGUAUUAUAACAUUUCUUGAAUUUCAUUUUUAAAAAAACAACUCUUAUUUUCUGCCUUAGCAACAACUCUUAAGGCAGAAGGGGAAGGGUUAGGCAAAUGGAGUUAAGUGACUUGUCCAGGGCCACAGGUAGGCAGUGUGUGAGGCUAAAUUUGAACCCAGGACCUCCUGACUUCAGAUCUGGUGCUCUAUCCACUGGACCACCUAGCUACCCCCUCUUGAAUUUCAAUUUUGAAUUCUAAGAAUUUUUUUAUAUUUAUAUUUUUAUUUUUUUAAUUCAAAUUUGAAUUUUAAGAAUGUUAUAGCAUCUUUUGAGGUUAUUGAAGAUAUUCUAAGGUAUUACAAAAUGGGGUUUAGGGAUCACCAUUAAAAAAAACCCUUCCUAUUUUCCUUUCUGUCCAUUUUCAGAAAGAGAUUUACUUGUGGGGAGUUAGUCUCAUGUAAUUAUGUAUACCCACAAAAUUGAAAUUUUGAUGAAUUAUUUAUCUAAAGGAUAACAUAGACCAUUUGCAUUUUAUGUUCCUACCCCACAGUGAGUGCCAGCAGACAUAGCCAGUGAUGUUUCACCUUGGCAGAGUUUCCCCCCAUCUUCCCCAAGUGGAAUUUUUUUUUAAAGCCUUACCUUCCAUCUUGGAGUCAAUACUGUGUAUUGGUCCCAAGGCAGAAGAGUGGUAAGGGCUAGGCAAUGGGGGUCAAGUGACUUGCCCAGGGUCACCCAGCUGGGACGUGUCUGAGGCCAGAUUUGACCUAGGACCUCCCGUCUCUAGGCCUGGCUCUCAAUCCACGGAGCUACCCAGCUGUCCCCCUCCCCAAGUGGAAUUUUGCACAUGUUGCACAUCUCGGGGGCUGGUCAGGGCUAGACAGUGGGUCAUCCACCAUCCUUGCCAGGUAUGUCAUGGCAGUCCGAUUAGCUUGAGGACUUGGGCUCUCUGAUUUGCUGGGAAACCAAGUUUUACAGUAAUGCCCGUGCCAACAAUGUGCCACAUUUGAACUUAAUCAUUCAUUUCUCUCAAGCAAAGGGAAGAUAAGCUGUAUAUAGCUGGCAGAGGCUGUUCUUGGGAGAGGAAUGUUUACAGCAAUAUUAAAAAUGACAAAGCUGGCUUGUAGGCAGAAAACAUAAAAGAUAAAGAGCUGUUCUUGGCCCAUCUCUGUAGGACUCUUCUGCUCCCUUGAUAGGUUUCCCGAAGGGCAAAAAGGAAAUAAAAGUAAAAAAAAAAAGAUAGCUGUUAUUGGGGGCCACACCUGUGAUUUCAUCCUCCCAUGGAUGCAGACAGACAACAAACUCAUCAGCUAAUUCUAGUCUUGGAGCUGUCCGAGGUUCCCGAAGGUUGUCGCCUGCGGUCUCUGCGCUGGUGAGGUAUGCCUUAAGUCCAGACGGCCCUGUGUUUCAGGCUAGCCUCAUGCCGCCUCUCGCAGAACACGAAGCAUAUGAUCAUGAUUAACAUUUAGUAGUGGGCGAACUCAGGCUCUCUCAGUCCCUAAGCUAUUCCUUUUCAGACCUCCCAAGUUCAAGGGUCUUGGUGGCCUGAGAGAAUGGCCACCCUUUCAAAGGUCCCUAAAUUAAAACGAGGAGUAUCUUAGGCACUGAGAGUAUCUUUGGCUCAAAAACGUGCAGAGCCACCCAUCAGCCAACCCUGUGCCCUUAGGGGAACCCAAGGGAUGCAAAAACAAGCAAACAAGCACACAGCGCAUGUGGGUUUGGUCUUUUGACGAUUAUGUUUAAUGCUGGCAAACUAGCAGCAAAACUUAAGGAAGUGAUCUCUUUAUAUAUGCAAGUACGCCUUGCAGCUGCAUUCAUCCAUUUUAUUGUAUCGUGUAACCCGACUGAUUUCUUAAAGCAACAUGAAAUGUGUUUUUAGCAAUGGCUUUUUUAGUAUGCUAAUGAAUAUUUAUUUUCUAGCUUACAUCAUUAGUUUACGUGAAGAGGAGGAGCAUAGACUGAUUUGGGGGAGAAAACUGUUUUCACAUUGUAAACAGUGCCCCUGGGAGAACAGAAAUAAGACACUUUCUCUCCAUUGGGCUCGAAUUUAUAGUGAAUUCUUUGAAUCUCAUCAAUUCCAAACACCGAGUCUGCAUCUAAAAGGUCAAUUCUUAUUUCAGGACUCUAAAAUUUUUUGUAUGAAGUUCUGAUAAGACUCACCUAUAAGAAAAUUUUUCUUUUUUUUUAUUUGUUUUUUCUUUUCCUGUGUCCAUCAGAAGUCCCAGCAGCUUUCCUUGGCAAAGCCCAAUGAAGUGACCUAUAGGAAAGAAAUAAAGCUGUUUCGUGGAAAGGAAAACAAAGUCUAACUGCAGGCUCAUAAAGUGCUCUUUUAUUUGCCAAAUGGGUAAAGGACAAACUGUGUAUUCCAGCUCUGGAUAGCAGAGGCAAAUGAUGACUAUUUCUAUCAAGUAGAAAUUAAUAGCUGCACAUCUUUUUAGCCUUUGUUGUAACAAUAUUUAUUUAUGAUGCAAGCCACACACACACAAGUGAAGCGUUUGAUGGUAUUGGUUUAUGAGUAAACCUCAACUAAUCACUUUGAAGGGAAAAAGCACACCGGGGUUAUCAGGUAAUGGCCACAGAUUCAAGUCUCAUAGUAUGCCCAAAUAUGUCCAGAAAAAGGAAUAAAAGUUUUAAAUGCAAAUGAUGGCAUAUCCCCCUUUAGGAAAAUCAAGUACUUGGAAAAAUUGGAUUUAUAAAAGAAAAUGAAUUAUUGGUGGAGUGUGUGUGUGUGUGUGUGUGUGUGAGAGAGAGAGAGAGAGAGAGAGAGAGAGAGAGAGAGAGAUUAGGAAUGAUUUGUUUUGCCAUAGACUCUGUCAUUAGCCUGCCACUUUUAUUUGGGGAAAUUGUGUAGAUAAUGUUUAAGCAAAACAUGUGACUGACUCAACCUCUCCUUUCAUGGUUAACAAAAUCAGAACCUUAGGCUAAUGUUUGCAUAUAGUUGUUGCUUUCGGUGAUUUAUCGUUCUCACUUUGUUUGAAAGUUCAAAUAUAAGUCGUGUCAGGAGAGUGCCCGCACUGUGCAUCCUUUCUAGCAAACUAUUCUCCUAGCAAUUGUAUCAGCCAGUCAUUGCUCUGUGCCAUUUCCAAGAAAGAAGGAAGGUUGUUGGCAGCUGCUCACUGUGUGACCAAAAGCAAUAUGUUCAUGAAAAAACAUUUUAACUUGCAAAUCUUUUAUAUACUUUGACGCAAAUUGUAGCAAUUUGGCUGUCCAAUAGAUGUUCUUGAGUUUUUAAAGGAUGAUUUAAAAAUUUUCAAUUCAAUGUACUGUACUUUUUGUAUAAGUUUAUGUAAGGACUUUCUUGUAGAUACUCUUACAAAAGUCAAAUCAAGGGCAAGCAUCACAUUUAAUCUAGAAUAUACUUUUUCCUUGGGCGCCCUGUGCUAAUUAGUUUGAGCUAAAAAAGUUGAAAUGAUGACUUGGAUUCACCUCAGCUACCCAAUCAGUAAGACUGUUUAAUUAUUUGAUAAAUCACCAAAUAGAAUCCAUUUAGAUUAAAUUUUUAAUGCUAAUAAACAAACAAGGGAACAGAGGAAGGGGAAAAUGUCAUUUGCGGGGAAAGCCCACAAAAUCCAUCACCUACUUCAAAUAGUGUGUUGUAUGGCCAUUUACUUUGUGUAAAGAAACCCCAUUUACUUUGUGUAAAAAAAUCCUCCUGGCCCAAAUAAAGCUACCCUUUUAAGAAA